AUGCGAAGAAAAUCAAGGAUACUACUAUGUUUCGCAGUCCUUUGGGUGCUUGGAAUCGCAUAUUAUUUCUAUUCGGGAACAACGCUGAGUCGAAAGGAUGACUGGAGUGGCAUUGGCUCAUCAAACAGAAUUCAAUCAAACAUCAAUGGAGAUGACAAAGCCCACAGCCUGGAGACACUUCCUCCUGGAAAGGUGAGGUGGCAGGACUUUGACCAGGACCUGUAUGUGGGUGCAACAGUGGUAAGGCCAGGGCAGGAUCCCUAUGCCCGAAAUAAGUUCAACCAGGUGGAGAGUGACAAGCUCCGAAUGGACCGUGGUGUCCCAGACACCAGACACGACCAUUGCCGACACAAACAGUGGAGGACAGACCUGCCUGCGUCCAGUGUGGUCAUCACCUUUCAUAACGAGGCACGCUCUGCACUGCUGAGAACUGUUGUUAGUGUCCUUAAGAAGAGUCCUCCACACCUGGUCAAAGAGAUUAUCCUUGUGGAUGACUAUAGUGACAACCCUGAAGAUGGGGCCUUGCUUGGGAAAAUAGAGAAAGUCAGAGUCCUGCGAAACGAUCGCCGAGAGGGUCUGAUGCGGUCUCGUGUUAGGGGUGCUGAUGCGGCCACGGCCACUGUUUUGACUUUCCUGGACAGUCACUGUGAGUGCAACGAGCAUUGGCUGGAACCUCUGCUGGAGCGUGUCGCUGAGGACAAAACCCGGGUUGUCUCACCCAUCAUAGACGUCAUCAAUAUGGACAACUUCCAAUAUGUGGGCGCCUCGGCGGAUCUCAAAGGAGGCUUUGACUGGAACCUGGUCUUCAAAUGGGACUAUAUGACCUUGGAGCAGAGAAGAGCCAGGCAAGGAAACCCCAUCGCUCCAAUCAAGACCCCUAUGAUUGCUGGUGGUCUCUUUGUCAUGGAUAAGAGCUACUUUGAGGAGCUGGGAAAGUAUGAUAUGAUGAUGGACGUGUGGGGAGGAGAAAACCUCGAAAUCUCAUUCCGGGUGUGGCAGUGUGGGGGCAGUUUGGAGAUCAUUCCCUGCAGUCGGGUGGGCCAUGUUUUCAGAAAGCAGCACCCAUACACCUUCCCUGGAGGUAGCGGCACUGUGUUUGCCAGGAACACCAGGCGAGCGGCAGAGGUGUGGAUGGACGAGUUUAAGAACUUCUACUAUGCAGCGGUGCCCUCGGCCCGUAACGUACCCUACGGCAACAUUCAAAGCCGAUUGGAAAUGAAGAAGAGGUUGGGCUGUAAGCCAUUCAAGUGGUACCUGGAAAACGUCUACCCAGAGCUACGGGUUCCAGACCAUCAGGAUAUUGCUUUUGGGGCUUUACAGCAAGGGGGCAACUGCCUGGACACACUGGGACAUUUUGCUGAUGGUGUAGUUGGGGUGUAUGAAUGCCACAACGCUGGGGGCAAUCAGGAAUGGGCCUUGACCAAGGACAAAUCAGUGAAGCACAUGGAUCUCUGUCUCACAGUGGUGGACCGUACAGCUGGCUCACAAAUCAAACUGCAGGGCUGCAGGGAAAAUGACAGCAGACAGAAAUGGGAGCAGAUAGAAAACAACUCUAAACUGCGGCACCUGGGUAGUAACUUAUGCCUGGACAGCAGGAGUGCACGUAACGGAGGUUUGACCGUAGAAGUCUGCAACCCCUCGCUCACGCAGCAGUGGAAGUUUACCCUCAACUUACAACCCUAA